CGUGCUUCAAGUUAGAACUUUUUUCUGUAAACAUGAUUUCUAAUUCAUCAUCGAAAAUUGAUAAGGUCGCAACCGAAAAGCCAAAGUGCGAUAAAGCCGAAACAACGUCGUCAAAGAGCAAAGAACGUCCAUACAAACUGCGACACGUUCGGAGCUUCUCCCGCGAUUACCAACAGAUGAGUCACAUUCCGCUGUACUGCUAUUUAGGCCGGUUACAGUGCAAAGAUGACGACCGUUUCGCCAAACACAUGACGAAACACGGGCGCAUAUUUGGUUUCAUUCGUCAGGUUGAUGACUACAUUCUGGAGGAACCGAGUUUCGCCGUGCGUUUGGACUACCGUCCCGAUUACGCCAGAACGUUGGUGUACGUGCGGAACGUGUCACCCCAUUCGGUGUUGCGACUCAGCAGGGCCUACAUCCACCUGGCAGACGGUCACAUGAAGAUGCUGAUUGAAAGCGAGAUGCGCCUUCCUUGGGGUACGGUUUCAAAGUUUUGCUUCGACAGUUGCCUGCUGUCGGAGCUGGAUAAAGGCUACGGACUGAUAUUGGUUGGACUGGCGGACUCAAAGACAGAAAUAUUGGAACUUUACCACCUGCAAUGA